AGGAUGCAGUUACCCAAAAGGCCUUUUUCCUGCGUUUGCGUCCGCCCUCCCGCGUUUCUUUAGAGUACCUAUUGCGCCGAUUUUCAUGCUCAUACCGAUGCUUUUUCUGCUAGCUUUCAAUUAUAUGCUUCUUCCUGUGAAAGUGAAAUUGUGUGGAGAUUGUCGAAGCCUGAGGACGGACCUCCCCCGCGGUAGUCAUUCCCUCUGCCAAGACUUUCGGUGUCUCCGAUUUUACGAUGUCUCUCAAACAAGUUCAUCGUCCAUAACAAAUUUGAAUACUCAUUCUAGAUCAACAAGGAAAGAUAAAGCAUGCGCAAUUGUGGUCUUUUUGACGCUCGAACUGUUGGCGCGUCCUCUCGCGGGACAUCACGGUCGCAAGAAGCAUGAGUGAUCAGAGUUCCACAAAGUCGGAUCAUGCGACGAGCUUGUUCGUGGAUCCGCUCUGUCAGAGUGCGCAGAAUAGAUGGAACUCUCCGAGGCGUGAGCGCACGGAUAAGACCCUUCUAGCUGAAAAGCGAGGCUUAUUGGCUGGGGCAGACGAGGAUGUUUUUCUCUGGCCCAGUCGUGGGUUGCACCACGCGGGCUUGAGACCGCUCACCUACGGACGUCUUCGCUCCCACACGAAGGCGGGUGGCCACCCGCUCUUGGUCGCUUUAUUGCGGGACUACGGAGAUUUGGGAACCCUGCAGGAGAACGAGCAGAAUCAAAGGAGUCACUGCGUUCGCGUUGGUUUCCUCGUUGACAAUGUUGGAAGUGGGGGCUCGUUGAAAUUGACUGCAUCAGGCGGAGGGUCUGCGAAGCAGGUGCCAGACGUGACGCUGCUUUUGUCGGCGAUGCUUUCUCUUCUCUUGCACGAUAAAGAGUCUGGAAGUACUGCGCGGUUCCAGGUGUGUCCAAUCGACGCCGCAGCACCGGAAGCCGAGGUAAGACGGCAGGUUGAAACUCUUUUUCAGUGCCACUGCCUUGUAGGGGUGUCUGGGAUCUCCGUUUCCUCUUGGGCGCAGAGCGGCAAUACCUCUAAAAGUGGAACAGGAGGAGCACGAGGUCUGCCCGUGUAUGUGCUUGGCCCUGACGAUGAUGCAGUCGGCGUUGUACGAGAAGUGCGAAACGCAACAGGCGUAACUCCAGAAGGGAGCGGGAUUGUAGAGCGAGCUGCUUCACCUGCAAGUGGGAGUUCGGGUGCAGCUGAAUAUGAGAUUGCCGGCGCUGGUGAAAAUUUCGAAAUCACACUUCUACUUGCGACAUCGGGUACCACAGGCGAACGGAAGCUGGUAGGGUAUACGACAGCGCAAUUAUUCCGAUCCGCCCGAGCGAUUGCUGGUUCUCUCAGAUUGAGCUUUAGUGAUGUCUGUCUGAACGCUUUGCCUUACAGCCACAUUGGAGGACUUUGUUGCAAUUUCCUAGCUGUGCUGGUAUCCGGCGGGAGUCUUGUGGUUCUUCCGGGCCGUUUCGACAGCACGGAGUUUUUGAGGUACGUUUUCCUGGACGAGGACGACACUGAGGCGCAGGCGUCUGCGAAAUGCCGAGCAAGCGAGGGUGGAGGAAAAGAACAAGCAAAUCCAAUCGAUCGGCCCUCGACACCGGGAUCCCGUCGCACGACAUUCGCUGCGGCGUACAGAGUGACGUGGUACUACGUCGUUCCUACGAUGCACCGCGCGCUGCUGCUGGCAUUGCAGGCGCUAUGUGCGGAGAGGCAGCACCCGGAUGGGCGGCAUCAGCGAAAGGUAGACCGGGAGCGGCAGAAACACUUGCUGCGCUUUGUGCGUUCUGCAUCCGCGAACCUUCGCGUAGAGGAGCAGGCCGCUUUAGAGGAGGUGCUAAAUGAUCCUAGUAUGCGAGCGGACGUGUCUGCAUUGACACGAACGCAAGUUCUGCCGACCUACGGCAUGACCGAGUGCAUGCCCAUUUGUUCGCCAACGCUGCCCCGCGGCGUCGACAACAUGCACUUGGAUCAUACAGAAGAAGCUGGAAACACCGCGCCAAUAGGUAGCGUCGGGCAACUCUGUGCGCCUGAGGUAGAACUAAAAAUUGUUCCAGCAAUGGAACACGUCGGCGCAUCAGCGCAGAACGAGAAAAGCACGUCUGUUCUUGCGAAUCACGAUCCCUUGCCUUACGGUGUCGUUGGCGAAAUCUGCGUGCGGGGUUCACAAACUGCAAGGUAUUUUGAUAUCGAGGCUUCUUCUGGUUCGAGAUCGGGGCCGACGACGAUGAAGCCAGGUGCUUCUGAGGUACAAGCGUUGCAGUGGUUUCGAACAGGGGACUUAGGUACUUUGGACGCAGGAGGAAACUUGUUUCUGCGUGGUCGUGUACGGGAGAUGUUAAAACGCGGCGGCGAGCAGGUUGCCUUGUCGGAAGCAGACGGACGCCUUCUGGAUGCAGCAAAGGAGGUACUAGAGGAGGUCCAACAAAGUGUAGUUAGAGGCGCGUUUAGUUUCUCUGUGCCCUCGCAGAUGUACGAUGAAGAGCUUGCGGGCGUAGUUCUCGUGAACGACGUGCGGCAGUUGCUGGCUAGUGCGUGGUGUGGUCAUGUCUCUGAAACAGAAGCGCAAAUAGACUUGCUUACCCUUGUUCCAGGGCUGCGACAACUCGCACAAAGUGUGGUUGCGAAGAACAAUGAGGACGCUCCUGACGCAGGAAAAAUUGUGCAACUGUUUUUCGCGUCUGAGGAAGUGCUUGUAAGCAGUGGAACUCUGAUUCGCGCGACUGGCAAAUUGCGUCGUGCAGGUGUUGCAGACGUACUGACAGCUGCAGCAGCGAGAUUUCUCGUAGAGUGGACGGCGCGACAGAGCGAGCGAGCACUGCACGCGGGUACUGCAGCGGUGCCCCCUGGUGCGCUGUCGCCAACUGGGAGUCUAGUUGUAGGAGCACCAGUACGUGGCUAUGCUCCGAUACAGAACGCCAACCCGCACUUUGGUGCUAUCGCAGCGGGACCGCCUGUGGCCGCUUCCUUGCAGGCUGAUGAGUCGCACGCGCGAACCAUGUGGAGCGACCGGCUGGCCUUCUGUGUGUGGGAUAAACAGGGAGGUACUGGACAACGGAUUCUCAUCUUAGCGCGCCAGGAGCUGAUACAGAGGAGAACACCGGUUCUGCCUGAUGUUUGGCACAUCCAACUUCCGACUUUGCUGUCUUUGUCGCCAGAACCAUUGGGAAGUAUGCCAGCGACCACAGCUCAUUCUUUCGCAGGUGGUGCGCCACUUAACGAGAAUCUGAGCAGCAACUAUUUCGCCACUUAUAGUCCGCACGGUGUUGCAGGAGGGAAUGCCAUGGAGAGGCAGCAACGUGCGUAUUUAUCGACCACGAACAACAUUGGUGGAACUCAGCCUACCGCAUACACAGCGGGGUACGUUGUCCCUGGGAUCGCAACAGCCACAUUCGCACCAAUGAGUGCCCUGGAGCUCGCCUCGGGGGAGCUACGACACGACCGCAAUGCGGUGAACAACACAGGCGAUUAUCCUGCUUUGACCGCUAUGCGCUUUUUGCUGGCUUGUUGGGUGAUUCAGUUGCACUGCGGUCGCAUGCCAACGGAGUUUCUGGCCAAGGCACAGAGUUUGUCCAUUGAUAUGCCUGCCUUCACCUUUCUUGCCGGCUUUCUUACUGCGAAAUCGGCCAGCGCAAGGCCGAUUACGAAGUACUAUCAGUUUUUGUGUCACACACCUAGAUAUGGAACGCGUCAGUCUUCGAGACUCUAUUUGAUUUCAUUUGGACUUAGAGGAGAAUUUUGUUAUAAGAAGAAUCUGUUUCUUCCAUCAGGUACGAACGACGUCAGUUUUAUAUAUCGCGGCUUGGUGUGCCGCACACCCUGUAUUUGCUCGCUUUGUUGUUUUCGCUCCCAUCCUUCUUCAUUCGGUGCCCACCGGGGCAGUGCAGGCAGCCAGAGGGACAAACGGGCUACGGCAUUUCCCUCGUCCUGAAUUUCCUUGUUUUUACAAGUGGAUUUUUGCCUUCCAUUUUUGUUCUGCCGUUCAAUCCCGUCACAUGGUACCAGGCCAACUACUACUACUUCGUAGUAGCGUUUCCGUAUUUCCAGGAGUGGUUGGCAUCUGAUUCUAUCCGAGUGGAUGAUUUCGGGCUCCUCUUCGUCUGGGGCGGGGCGACUCUGUCCGCUACAUUGGUGAUGGUAACGCUGAUUUUUCGCGGUCUCUAUUUUCUGAACUUUCUUUUCUUUAGUUGGGUACCGCUGUUUCUAUGCGCGAUCGCGUCCUGGCUUGUGCAUGAAAAAUACCUCUUGCCAGCGGUCUCCCACCGACGAGCCCUGCGCCGUCGCGCUCGGGACAUGCCGUUGUCACGACAGAUGAUCAACGUUGCCGGGACCGAGCUACUAGAGAACGGCGCGCCACAUGACUCUCCACUAAGAAGCUCAAACUCGGGACUUGAAGGAGGCCAAGCUCAGCACAUGUUGGGCGGCUCUCGAGGUACACAAACAGGACCUGCCGAUCGCCAGCGACAUGUGCAUGCCUGGUACGCGAACAGUAUUCUUUGGGCUCUGAUAACCGACGGCAUCAGUUUCUUGUUUAUAUACCUCUUCUGGUUGCAGGCUAGCAGCGAGUGCUCGUGGCUACCGCCAAAAAAAGACGUCCGAAAAGGCGGGCGGAUGUGCUUUGAAGGAAGAACGUGGGAAGAGUACAAUGCGGAGUCGAACGACCCGAAAAAACAUGAUGCUGGACCUUGGGUUUCAGGGAGGUGGAACACGGAAACACAAUUCUGGUGGUGUGCGUGUCGUUUGCACACGCCCUUCAUGGUAGUGUGGUUUCUCGGUCUGGCGGGCGCCGGCGAGCGAUCCUUGACGUACCGACUCUUGACGCUAAAAGACAACUUUGCAGCCAGGAACCUAGCGCCGUUGGCCUACCCGAUGUACUUGCUGCACUACAAUGUGGCGUGGUACUACUGGUAUCUGACGCGCGGCACCGAGCGCGAGUGGUGGUGGCCCGAGGCGGCGGCUUAUCCGUGGCCCGUUUCAUGGCCGCUGGAAACGCUUUGUGUCAUCGUGGCAACAGCCAUAGCUGGUGCGAUGGCUAAUAUGGCGUCCGGACGACUGUCAUUUCUCGGUCUUAGCUGCGUGAGUUGCCAGUGCGCAUUCUUCGGUGACUGCUGGCAUGCGCUUCUUGGUGAAGCCGGUAGUUGUUGCCCGCGACCGCCUUCGGGGUCAGACAUAUACCUGAGCGAAUUGCAGCAGCAGCAGCAGCCGCUUGGUGCGCCUGGCGGGGACUCGUCAGCGAGUCUCACUCCUUACGUCGCUGCAGAUCACACUGGUGCGUCAAUUCCAGCGGAUCACAGCGGACAGGUGCCAGACGACCUUUUGCCGUAUUUUCGUGGUCUUGCCGCAAUGAUUCGUUCGAUGUCGGGGGCUGUUGUGGGACCUGCGAGCCGCAUCGACGAAGUAGGCUUGGACUCUUUCGGUGUGGCAGCUUUCGCUGGAAUUCUGCGGCACCGUUUUUCGGAGUGGACACGUGGUCUCCGGACGUCAGAGCUGGUUCGCUGUCAAACAGUGCAGGAAGUGUGCGUGUAUCUGCGAUCAUUGAGCAAUGCGGGACAGCAUCGAGCUUCCCGUGAAUAUCGAACUGUUGACGCUGGAAUCCUACCAGAAUGAGCCUCCCCGGAGGUGGCGCCACUAUAUCUGCAGCUACAUCAUGUUAUAGUGAGUUGUGCAUCACAUCACGUA